CUUCUCUUGUUUUUGUGUGGUGGCAGCAGUGCCCUGUGCAAUAAGGUUGGGCUGUAGCAGCUGCGACCUGUAGCUCUAGUACGAGACUUCACCUCCCCGCUGCAGCCGUCUCUGCCCUGAGUACUUGAAGGGCAAUCGCUUAGUCGGCUGUUGGCGGAACAGCUACAGUCCCAAAUAUACACACCUAGUGUGUCCCUGGGGCACGUGAUCUAAACACAGCGGUCAUGGUCAGCCCGCAGUUCCUGGCAUUUGCUUUCAGUCAGUGACACGCUCAGUCCGUGUCACCUGGGGACAAUUCACCUCAGAACACGGCUGCUGCGUUUCCUAAUCUCGUGUGGCCGUGGGAGCCUCCUGUUUUGCUCCCUGUGCUGAAGGGCAGCGCCGAGCCAUCUCCCAGUAUGUAGCUGCCGUUUAGUAAGAGCUGGGAGGCGGCCCAUUGCAUUGCACACGUCUUGCACAUCCCGGGGUUGCAGGCAGCUUUUGACACUGGCAGUUGCUUAUUGAGAAGGGGGCUCCCCAGUUUGUAUUGCGGGGAAUGGAGCGUGUGUGUGUGUGUGUAACAGCGGCCGACUCUUGCCAUUAGCACGUCGCACGUGUGCUGUCGCUGCAGUUGUUGCCUUUGUGCGAUGACUGCGAUCAGUGCCCGGCCGGAUGGGCACACGUGUUGGUCAGUGCGCUGCUUGUUAUUGUUCCUUCCCCAGCCCUUCCCUCCGCCCCCCUUCCCUGCCUUUGUGUCUCGGUGCUGACUCUCCGUUCUUCCUGUGCGUGCUCGGGGGCGGCGGCUGAGCUCUGAGUGCAGACAGCAGCCGAGAAGAUACGGCGUGUUGUGGAAGCCCCACUCGCCACUCCGCCUUCCCGACGUCACAAAUGCGACCAUGGGAGCUGGCAGUGAAUAGGUGGCCUCCCUCAGCCCCCAUUAACCAGCGGAGGUUCUUGGGGCCCUGCAGCGCCCCUGCACACCUCAGACGAAGUCCUCCAGUGAGGCGUCAGUGGGGACGGAGGGAUAGACCUCAGCAGAGUGUCCUUGGUCAGGAUGAUAAUUUGCGACCAGCCUUCUUUCCUGUAGAUGAGCAUAGAGUCUUGGCCCUUACCAGUGCUCCACCACGAAUGCUUCACCCUGCCUCACACUCCACCCAGCAGACACCAUUCAUGGUCGACCUCCAUGAACAGGUGCAUCAGGGACCUGUCCCUUUAUCAUACACAGUUACCACAGUAACCACCCAAGGCUUUCCCCUGCACACUGGCCAGCACAUUCCUGGGUGCAACGCCCAGCAGCUGCCAACAUGCUCUGUCAUGAUCAGUGGGCAGCAUUACCCGCUCUGCUGCCUGCCACCUCCGUUGAUCCCAGGAUGCACCAUGCAGCAGCUUCCUGUUUCGUACCAGCCGUUUCCUCCUCUGCUCUCCAGCGAACAUUAUAUUUUACAUCCUCAGCCUCCACUGCCCCCACACCAGCCACCUCACCUGACUUCUCUUGCUCCAUUUGUUACAGUGCAGCCGCAGAGAAUGCCUCUACAGAGAAUAGACAAUGAGCUGGAUGUUCGGGGGGACCAACAUCAUAUGGGCAACUUCCCAUUCCACCACUCCCACCCUAUGCCCACACUGCCUCCUUCAAUGCCCAUGCAUUACCUCUCCCAUGAUGCACUGCACCCGGAGCUAUCCUUUCCAGUGCCAUAUGCUCAUCUGAUGCCACGGCGACUAAAUGCCCAGCGUUAUCGCCUACAGCAACCACUGCCACCACCUCCACUGCCCCCAUCAUAUUACCCAAGUUUCCUACCCUACUUCCUAUCCAUGCUUCCUGUCUCUCCUGCCUCAGUUGGCCCAGCCAUCAGUCUUGAUCUGGAUGUGGAUGAUGUGGAAAUGGAGAAUUAUGAGGCAUUGCUGAACUUGGCUGAACGUUUAGGGGAGGCAAAGCCGCGGGGCCUCACCAAAGCCAAUAUUGAGCAGCUUCCCUCUUACCGCUUCAAUGCUGAAAGCCACCAGUCUGAGCAGACGCUGUGUGUGAUUUGCUUUAGUGACUUCGAAAGCCGGCAGCUUCUCCGAGUGUUACCUUGCAACCACGAGUUUCAUGCAAAGUGUGUUGACAAGUGGCUCAAGUCCAAUCGCACAUGUCCCAUCUGUCGGGCUGAUGCCUCUGAGGCUCACAGAGAUGGGGAGUGAGGAAAGGAAUUUGCCCUCUUUCCUCCAGCUGGUGCACAAACCCAGAGGGAUGAACACAAAAUCUACCAGCCUCCUUGCCUGACUCGGAUGCUUCAGCUGCCCUUUUCUUCUGUGUCUGUCGUUUGGCCAGGACAUAUAGCAGCUUUGGAUCUGGAGGUGGUGUCAAGUCGCACAUUCCACUGUCUCCACCCUAUUACCUCUACACCCCAAUACUUUCCAGCAGCAACGCCCCUGUUUGUCUCAUUUGUGGGCACGGGGAGGAAUCUGAGAGGUGUGCUGGAGAUGUGUUGGGCCUAAAAGGGCAAGAGUUUCCUUCUCCGCCUCCCAGUGAGGGUAGCUGAGGCCAACGGCAAAAAGACUGGCUCGUGACGGCCUGUGCUAGCUCCUUAUGGGAAUCUCGAGGCAUUACCAGGGACAACCCUGUUUUUAAGUCAUUCUGCUGCCAAGCUCUCCUUGUGAGAGGCUAGUCACCGCUGCUUCUUUGAAUAUGUUUGCACUGGGCCCUUGCUGGGCUUUUUAUUCUCUUUUAAUUCUUAUUGUAUAGCAGCAUUCCAUUAACCCAUUUACUGCAAAGGUAGGGGUUCUUUUUGUUUUGAUCUUGAUGCUAAAGAUUGCUUGCCAUGGAUUAGUUCCCUUUGGUGGCUUAUUUGUGAAAAGAAAAUGAUUUGCAAAGAAAAUGAGAUUUGGAAUAGGGGCAUUCUGGGUAAGAAUGCAAUGCUUAACCAAUACCGAUAUUUCUUCUCCAGCACUAUCCUUUCCAGUCUGUCCAGAUACAUUGCCAGGGACAGUUCAAAAAGAAAAAAUCUGCAUUCAGUGUUAAUGUUCUUAAGUAAUGUCACAGUUGAAUGUUUUGGUCUACCACCUAAUUUGCAGGAAUCUCAUUUAUAUCUGAAUGAGGCUUCCGUUAAAGGACCAAUGUGGUGUCUUUGUUAGGUUUGUUCCCUGACAAUACACUCUGCUAUCAGAUCAGUGCGACUGGGAACAUAAGACUGUAAUCUCAUUUUCUGCAAUUAAGAGCCCUGGUAAUGCCUCUUUACUAUGUUUUGUUUGGCAGCAGGUUACACAACGGCAGGGGUGUGACACCACAGGGCACACUGUUGCACGCCAAGCUGUGUUUUCAUGGGUUUGUUGCACUAUAUGUACCUGCAUUUUCCCACCACAGCCUCUGUGUAAGUCAGGACCACGGGGGUAUCUGGGCGAGCGGCUGCCUUAUUUAUCGAUUUGUAUCUGUUUUAGUUUGAAUUUGCAUGAUAGAACAGCAAGAAACAGCAAGAGCCAGCCAAGCAUUUCCGAUCUAUGUACAUGUUUAACGGUCGGGCAGAAAGUCUGUCUUAAUGUUUCACAAUAUGCAUGUGUGAGCAGCUUGGAAUAUGGUAUCCGCUAACCCUUGGCCGUGUGUGGAGUGAAGUGAGGGGGGUGGGUGGGAUUGGGAUAAGCAUUAUAUAGGGGUAUGUAUCUUGCUGCACUCAUUCUUGCUGUGCACUUGUUCCACAAGCAGAAGGCACCCAAACUGUUUGUAGGGAUAUGAAUGUUUUUUUGUUUUUUAAGCCUGUAAAGGUCACACUUGGGCAGGGAUUGUGUGUGAUGGGGUGUUUUUAGACCAAAAGUUUACUACUUUCACGAUAAAAAGAGGCACAUUGCAGAGAAAUGAAUGCUGGACCAGAUAACGAUGAGCGUGUUGGUGGAUAGCGCCGCGGCAUAAAUAUCUUUUCUUGUCAUUCCCUUUGGCAGGAAGGCUCAUUCAUGCAGCUAUCCAUGCUCAAAACCUGGAACCAUGGAAGUAAGAGCAAGUACCGGUACUUGAUAUUCUAAUAACCCUGGCUCACUUUUAACCAUUCUAGCUGACCAGCAACAGGUUAAUAUUCAGUUCUUUGCUUUAACAACCAGAAACAGGACAGGGACGUAGAUGUUCAGCUGUUUAGGUUCCAUCAGGCACACCCCUCCAUAUAACCGAUAUAUUCAGGGUCUGUGGCCGCACAAACCCUUGGCUUUAUAUUGGCUUUACCAGCUUUAAGGUGUCUUCCUUUUUCAUUGGCAUCUCUGUUGCUCCCACACUGUGAAAGAGCCCUGCAAAUGUAUUGCAGAUCAUCGCAACAUAGUAUGUUUCUUUAUUGUCAUGCACUGGAAUCCUAACUGUAACUAUAGUAACACAACAUGGUAACCCUAGUCCCCUCCACAUCUUAUCCUUAGUGAGCCACUUGUUAAAGAACCAGUAUCAUCAAAAAAUGAGAUUAAAAAUAUAAUGCAGUGUUGCCCUGCUGUUUUUGCUUCAGCAACACUCCUAUUGUUUAUAUAAAUAAGCUGCUGUGUAGGUGAAAAUGCUCAGGUUAGAUAGCAGAUAAGCUCUGUAGAACAUAAUGGUGUUAUCUGUUAUUCAAUAUUUAACCUGUGCCGUAAAGCUUUUUUCAAUUUCCACCAUAGCUACAUUGCAGCUUGUUUAUAUGAACUAUAGAAGUGUUUCUGAAGCAAACACGUCAGUUUUUACCAGUGCAGGGCACCACUACAUGAUAAUUACUUUAAAAAAAAAAAACAUUAAUUUUAUUGGUGUUACUGUUCCUUUAAGAUCAUAUGUACGAACUGCGAUUUCUAUGGUUCCUUGCCAUAUCGCUCUGGGUUUUAACAUGACUGCCAAUGUCCUCUCCAUAGAAUUGCAGGCCUGGUGUUUGAAGCCAUAUAAUUGCAGUGAUUAAUAUACACGCUCCAUUUCCCGGGGCAUGAGUGAAGUGCUGAGAAGUUUUCCCUCAGCCCCACAGCACACAUCCUAAAACUCCACGCCCAGUCUAAACUCAAUCCAGAGGAGGGGGUGACUGACGGACUGCAGCAGAGAAACGGCAUAAAGCACUUGUUUUACAGCACACAAGUUACCAAAGGUCUUACUGUAUAUAUUUCAACACUUGCAGAAUUCUAUCACAGGUUACAAGUCAGACAAGAGCAGUAUCUGCUGCCUAUCCGUUAGCAAUUCCUGCACUGCUGGAGGCACCCGCCACCCUGUUUCACAAACGAAAGUCUCCAGCUCAAAAGGAUUUGCCCCUCCUUCCACCCUCAGCUCCGUUGUAUAAAGUCAACAUGAGGUUCUGAUUUGUGGGAACCCCAACACCGUAGCUCGAGUGCUGCUCUUUAGAGAAGAGCGUCUAACCUCAUUAUCAAUCCAAGUCCAAGCCUUUGGUUUAGUAAGUCUGUGAUUGCUGCAUAGAUGCCACUUUUUUAAAAGCAAUUUUUUUUUUGUUUUCCUUUACCCUUGUGGUGGGAUAUAGUGGAUUGUUUACUGUAUCAUCCUAACCUCCUGGACCUCCUACUCACACUGGUCUGUUUUCUCUCAGUUACUGCUCCCUCCUCCCACUAAUAUUCCUGCUCCUCCCCAGAGUUGUGGCUUCCCUUACUCAGGGUCCCGGAGGUGUCUUCUGUGUUAGAACUGUAUAUCUAUAUGUGUCUGUAUACAUAUAUAGAUAUAUCUCUCUAUAUAAACUUUUUAUUUUUGGCUUUUGGUACUUGCACAUUUACUGGUUACCUCAUUUCCCAUGUAUGUAUUUGAAAAAAAAAAAAUGCUAAUAUAUAGAAAAUGGUUCUUGAAGCUAUCAAAGUGUGUGUUUUUCCCCCCUCCCCCCUUCAUUCCAUUGGAAUCAUAUUGGUUUGUAGCAUUUAACAUAACUAGUAAUAUUGUAUUAUAUAUAUAUGUGUAUACUGAUUGAAAUUUUUAACAGAUUUGUACUUUUUUUAAAAUGAAAGUUGCUAGUUUUGCUUGACCUGGUAGUGCAAUCAUUUAUUUUUUUUAAUGUUGUGGCUGAAUUGAGAGGGUUCUUCACUAAUAAAUGUACAAGGACAAUAA